UACAUCGAAAGAUGCCCCCCGAUGUGGCGGUGGUGUUCCUGGCAGCCUGCUGACGGAACUCUGACACCACUGGCUGAUUGAAUGAGUGCACUCAGUGUUGGCAGGGGUACUGUAACGUGAACUAACAACAGAAAUAAAUGGCUUGUACGGAGCCUGCAGCGUAAACGCCAAAGUCUCCGACCAUCAACACGAAGUUAGAUUAGCCGAAGCGACAAGCUAGCACCAAAUACUCUGCUAGCAUCACGUUAAGCUAGCAAGUAGGUAAGAUUAGCCGGUGGCUAAUGUUAGCUGGCAAGUCUAUUUAUAGUGGACCUGUGUGCCAUCAGUAGCGAUUAGUAUUGACAGCUUAAUCCGAGAGGCUUUUGUGUAUCCCAUGAUCUUGCAACGUUAGUUGCCUGCACCAAGAUGUCCACCACUUCGUUGGAUAAAGAAUUACAGGAGCGACUGAGAGAGGCGUCUGCCAUCGGGGACAUCGACGAAGUGCGGACGUUGGUGGAGAGUGGAGUAAAUGUUAAUUCACAGAACGAAAUAAAUGGAUGGACAUGCCUGCACUGGGCAUGCAAGAGGAACCACAAGCACAUAGUGUCCUUCUUACUUGGUUGCGGAGCAGACAAAGAAAUCCUCACGGCUAAGGACGAGUUGGCCUCACAGCUCACGUCCAAGCCAGAGAUCAAACGACUUUUAGGAGUUGAAGUGGACGAAGUGCCUGAAGUCAAGGAGCCUGAGUUGCCAAUCAUCCCCAACUACCUGGCUAACCCACCCUUCAUGUAUUCUAAGAUGGAUAACAAGUCAGAGCUCAUCCAGGCCCAGCACCCUACACAGAAUGGUUCUGGAGAGCACGAUGAUGACACACACAGUGAUUCGGCCUCCCUUUCCCCGACUCAUGAGCCUCAGAAAUCCCAGAGCCUGCUGUCUGAAGGCCCCACUCCUCCUCCAAAUCCCACCCCCCACAGCCACGCGCAGGCUGGGGAAUUCAUUCCUGUGACGGAGCAAAAUGGCGCGUCACCCAGCCUGAACCCCUCCCACAACCACACUGUUAACUGCACAGUGCCCAUGGACCUGUCAGUUGAGCCGCACCUUGUCAACCACGCAGACUACCCGCAUGCGGUGGCACACAACGGCACCAUGUGCUCGCCUCCCUUGGCCUCACCCAGCCCCAGCUUGGCCAGCAGCAGUGGGAGCCAGGUCCAGGCCCCGGUGGCCGGCGCUAACCCAACUAUGAGCAGGCAGCAGUCUAUCUCACAGCAGCUGAGCUACGGCCAGGCCGGAGGGCCCAUGCCAGCUUUCCAGCCAUUCUUCUUCACCAGCACCUUCCCUGUUAAUGUGCAAGAGUUGGUGCUCAAGGUGCGCAUCCAGAACCCCAACGCACGGGAGAACGACUUCAUUGAGGUGGAGCUGGACCGCCAAGAGCUCACCUAUCGCUCACUCCUGAGGGUCUGUUGCCGCGAGUUGGAUAUCAGCACUGAGCAUGUGGAGAAGAUCCGCAAGCUGCCAAACACCAUGUUGAGAAAGGACAAGGACGUGGCUCGGCUGCAAGACUUUCAGGAGCUGGAGGUUGUGUUGGAGAAGUCAGAGGGUCUGUCCCUUUUCUCUGGGACUGGGGGCCUAACAGACAGACCCUGCUACAACAUGAAGGCCUCCCGCCUCACCUACUAGAGCUGCCGCAGAGCCCCGAGGUCUCCCUGCUUAUGAUGGGCCUCCGUAGCUACCCUCAAGCAACCAUAACUAGUUGCCUGCCCAGAUCCCUUGUUACAGCUUUGUCCGGCUUUGGUGUUUCGCCAAUUUCCUAACUGGGAUUUGUUUUUUCAAGUUCUGUAGCUAUUGUCCUCCUCCCCAUCCUCCUCUGGCCCUCCUGCUGCUUUAGUGUACCCGACCAGUUGUAAGCGAUUACUGAUGCAUGGUGUCCUCGAUUAUGUGCGAAAGUAUUUGGGCCCCUCUCUCCUCUCUUUAUCUCUUUCUCUCCUUCCACUGCACUUUGUGCCAAGGCUCCAGUGGGACAUUAGAGGGAGACGUCAGCUUGUUUUCCUUACGGACAGGACUUGAAUGGGAUUCUGCAAUAGCCUUAUAAGGACACAUCACCUACACACCGGCUGUGGACUGUGGUCAAGGAGGAGAUUGGUCCAAUAAGACCAAGAGCACAGGGCGACAGGAAGGGUUUACAUAACUCUUACUGAUAAGUCCAUCAUCAGUCCACAGAAUAGGGCGGGUUGCAGCACAGUGGACUUCCACACAGCAACUGCAAUUCCUUGCAAACUGACCCGUAGAGUGUUAUCAGAUAAUUCGCUGGCGUACACAUUUUCAUACAUGCUGUAGGUAUAAACCUUAGUGUCUUUCCAGCAGAGGACAUCCAUCACUGGCCUGAUUCUUAAAAUGGAGGUAAUCUCACGCCAUGUGAGACUUGGGCAUCUUUGGACUAAUAGUACUUUUAAUUGCUGAACACACAUAAAGUAUGCUUUAAUCUAUAUCCACACAAGGAUGGACACAUUUAGAGUUGGAGUACUGUUUUCCCUUACAUGUUUAAAUCAUCCAGUCAUACACUAUGGGGAAGGGAAUACUGGUUUAAAUGUUUGCUUUUCAUGUCAGACAAAAACUUAGAGAUACAUGUGCAACAGCUUGAAGCAGGACAAGUUGUUUUCAUUUUAUUUCCUACAAUGCGUUACCACUUGUGCUUGGCAGGGUGUGAAAUUCAGUUCAGUCAGCAUAACGCUUAAAACUGUCAACUGUGAAGACUUUCUUUAGAACUUUUGAGUUAUAUUGAUCCUUACUAAUGAAGCGUGACCAUGCAUUGCGCUUUAGAGUAACGAGGCUUGAGUCUCAUUAAAGGUUGUGUACUUAUCAUAUAAAUAUAGCCUUCUGUCAGAUAUUUUCCGUUGCUGUCCUUCUGUUUGACUGUGAUUAGAAUCAGAAUCGAAACCAAAAACUAGUCUAGUCAGCGAAGAGAACUCCAGAAUAAACUAUCACUGCUUCAGGAAAAAAAGCCUUGUGAAGAGGAAACAUGACGAUCUGUUUAUGACACUUUGUUUUAUGGUUAAGUGCUUCCUUAUUCUUCCAACAGUGAUCCAAAUUAAUCUUUCUGAUGUCUUUGUUGCCCGUGUCAUCUCACUUUAAACCUAGGCUAUCUACAUGGUGACUAGAUUUCUUUAAAACUUAAAUACUGGAAGCAACACAUAAUAUCAAUAUAUCUGGCUUCAGUUUCUUUGUCAAGGCCAGUCUAGUGCUAAUCUUUAAUUUUUAAUUAAAAGACUAUAGAUUUUAAUGUUUUCUCUUUGGUUGUGUGAAAAGAGGUGUUGCUGGCUGACUUCAAUGGUGACUGACAAGAUUUAAAAAAAAAAACAAAAAUAAAAACAUUCUUAUACUCUAUAUUAAGAGUGUAACUGGGUCAAGACGCACAGCCAUGUUGUGCCGGACGGUAAUGUUUAUGCUGCUUUCAUCACCACUAUAUGUCCCAGUAAUUCUCAUUGCUGGGAUUCAUUUAUUUGAAGCAGUGCAGUAGGCGGCCACUACAAAUUCCCUACGAUCAACACUUUUCUUACCCAGUGGUAACUGUUUACUGUUAAAAUGUAUACCUGAAGCUCUUACUGUAUUUGUUUUAUGAUAUAUUUUUUAUUAAUUUGUAUAAUUUUUUUAACCAGCUAGGCCUGUUGUGUUUGUGUCAAAAAAUUAAGUCUUACUACCGAAGAAAGAGUUGGGAUGAAUGUGCUGAGACGAUAUUGUUGAAGUCAAGUGCAAUGUGGGGGGAAGAAUGUGUUUCCAGAAAGUUAGCUGUGAGAAGAAAGGAUUACCAAGAGUGCAUAUUUUUAUGUUCCCAACUUUGUUAAAUGCUUUAUUAUUAAAUGAAGCUGUGCCACACGUUUAAUGCAGGAGCUUGGUUGAGAAGGUGGGACAGUGUGUGGAGAAUACACCCCCCUGGCCGUUGUGUUCCCCGGGUGAGUGUCAGGUUUGAAAUGAUUUUUUUUGUUUGUGUUUUUUUAUACAGGAUCUCCUUUGAUUCUAUGGGAAGGAGAAAACUAACAUUGUAUUUGUGGGGUUGCUUAUUGUUCUAGAAAAAGCAGAAUACAGUUUGACUUAACCUAUGCAUUCAGAGUCUGAUAUUUUUAUAUACAGUACGUCCUGUGUACUUGUAGAAAUAAUCUUAGGCACUGUCAAAGUUGUGUUUUUUCGUUCUCAAGAAAGUAUGUAUCUGUUCUUUGAUAAAGCAUGUUGAAUCACUUGA